AUGGACACUUGUGCAACAACAAAUGCUGUGACAGCUCAGUCAUACACUCUUCUGUCUGAUCUUGUCACUCCUGGCUGGAAUAACAGCACCAUGUGGAGCAAAGUAGCCAGCUCUACUCCAAUCACUACCACAACAAAUCAGCCAGUCAACUUCAAUGACACAAGCCUUGUCCUUCCGUCAGGAGUAGAUAAUCUUCAAGCUGUGAUCAAGGAUUUACACAACAUCACAUCAGAGCCGACUUCCUUAGUCCUGGCAACAGACCCAUUGCCUGAGAAGUAUCACACCUUGAAGCAGAAGGCAAGACAGUUGGAGUUGAGUGAAUCUUCCCAUGAUGAUCUCACUCAAGAGAUGUUCAACAAAACAAGGGACUCAGCAUACUUGGAGGGCAUAGAGAAUGAGGCUGAGGAGGAGGAGGAGGAAGACAAAUCUGGCAAGUCUGCUCAUCCCCUGUUUUUGGAUAACCUCACAUACAUUCUCUCAACAUCCCAUGUGAAAGAGAUUCCUGUCCUUCUCAAAUCAGCAAGCACUUUCAUUGAGAUGGUACAACAAUGGCAGUGCAGUACACACAAGGAAGAAAUGAAGGCUGAACAAACUUACACAUGUCUUGAAGGCACCUGGAAGAAACAGUGUUGCAAGGCUGCAGAGCUGGGUGCCAAGGCACCCAACAAGCCCAAGAGGCCAGCUCCCAUUAUGGUCUACAUCAUUCUUUCCAACACUUCCAGCAUAGCCCAAGAUGAUAAGAGCAAGGACAAAGUCAAGGGGAAGGGGAAAGGAAAGAACCCAAAGAAGUCCAACUCUCCUCACACAAGUCUUGAAGAGCAAAGAAAGGGGUUAUAUGGACAAGCUGACAUUGUUCUCCCUGGUGGGGUGCAUUGGGAUCCAUCGGACCAAGAUUGGUCCUUCUGGAAUCUUGCUUUGUCCAGGAAAGUGCCCAAUGUUACUGAAACAGAACCCCCAGGCAACAUCAUGGACAAAUGGAUAACCAUAAGUGAAACUUGUCAAUCUGAAGGGCCCCUUUGCCAAGCCACUUGCCCAUUGAAAUGCCAGGCUGUGGACCUCUAUCUCCUCCUUGGGCAGGACCUAUGUGGGCCCCCCCUAGAUGGAAUUGAUGUCUCGAUUCCAUCCCCUCUGCUCAAGGAGUGGUUGGAGAAGUCUGUGGAUGGUAAUCCCCAGUGGAACUCAGAUCAGCAUAACUUUUCUCAAUACUUGGAUGCCUUCAUCAAAGCUGGUUUGUAUCACCUGGGUGAGCUGGCAGCAGUAGGAAGCAUGGACAAACUCCUUGACACCUACCACUUGAGCAAACCCAAGGAGAGGAUGUUGUGCGGCACAGCAGUGGUGCUCCUCAACUAUGCCAGAGUGGACUUCAAACAGCUUUGCCAUCAAGCAAGAUGA